GAGGGAGCAUGGGCGUGGGAGGGCAGACCCGGGUAUCGGUCCGCGUCGCCGUCUCCCGGGCAGGCUUCUAAAUUUAGACCCCGGAGAAGACGGUGCUGUCUGAGGGUUUGUCCGAGCCGCUGCGGAAGACCCACUGGCUUUCGGCUGAUCGUUCCCCGGAAUCCACCUGGCUCGCCCCGCCAGCAGCCAAAGGGACCAUCUCGGCCGAUCGUACACACGCUCCAGACCGAACCGAAGUGAGGCGGCUGCGUGAUCAGCUUUCUUGUGCUCUCCUUUCUGGCAGAUAGAAAUCACUGGGAUUCAGACGAGUUUAACUUUCCUCCGUGGGAACCGCACCAGAGCUGGAGAUAUGAUAGAAGACUGCCUGAAAGCUGCUUCCUUUGCCACUUCCUGUGGAGGCCUGUCUUUGCCAUUUGCGGUUUCUUUCUUCUUUUGGUCAGCACCCUGCAAGGAGGUAGUAACGUAUCCAGGCGUGAAACUGGGAAAGGCCAGAGCUCUUGGAUCAGGGAAACAUGUCCCGUCGGAAACAGACGAAUCCAAAUAAAGUUCACUGGGAUCAAGUAUUUGCUGGGCUAGAAGAGCAAGCCCGCCAGGCGAUGAUGAAAACUGAUUUUCCUGGAGACCUUGACGGUCAGCGACAAGCUAUCCAACAACUAAGAGAUCAGGACUCCAGUAGCAGUGAGUUCUGCACCUUCUGUGAGGGUGAUGAAGAGGAGACCACACAAGAUGAAGUCUCUUCCCACACAUCAGAGGAAGAUGGAGGGGUGGUCAAAGUGGAAAAAGAGUUAGAAAAUGCAGAACAGCCUGUUGGUGGGAACGAAGUGGUAGAGCAUGAGGUCACAGAGAAUUUGAAUACUGACCCCUUACUUGGACUCUGCCAGUGUCCCCUCUGCCAACUAGACUGUGGGAGUCGGGAGCAGCUGAUUGCUCACGUGUACCAGCACACUGCAGCAGUUGUGAGUGCCAAGAGCUAUAUGUGUCCUGUCUGUGGCCGGGCCCUUAGCUCCCCAGGGUCAUUGGGUCGCCACCUCCUAAUCCACUCGGAGGACCAGCGGUCUAACUGUGCUGUGUGUGGAGCCCGUUUCACCAGCCAUGCCACGUUUAACAGUGAGAAACUUCCUGAAGUACUUAAUAUGGAAUCCCUACCCCCAGCCCACAGUGAGGGCCCCUCCAGUGCUGAGGGGAAGGACAUUGCCUUUAGUCCUCCAGUUUACCCUGCUGGAAUUCUGCUUGUGUGCAACAACUGUGCUGCCUACCGUAAGCUACUGGAAGCCCAGACCCCCAGCGUACGCAAAUGGGCCCUCCGUCGACAGAACGAGCCUUUGGAAGUAAGGCUGCAGCGGCUGGAACGAGAGCGCACAGCCAAGAAGAGCCGGCGGGACAAUGAGACCCCUGAGGAGCGGGAGGUAAGGCGCAUGAGGGACCGCGAGGCCAAGCGCCUGCAGCGCAUGCAGGAGACAGAUGAGCAGCGGGCACGCCGGCUGCAGCGGGAUCGGGAGGCCAUGAGGCUCAAGCGGGCCAAUGAAACCCCGGAGAAGCGGCAGGCCCGGCUCAUCCGGGAGCGGGAGGCCAAGCGGCUCAAGAGGAGGCUGGAGAAGAUGGACAUGAUGUUGCGAGCUCAGUUUGGCCAGGACCCUUCUGCCAUGGCAGCUUUAGCAGCCGAAAUGAACUUCUUCCAGCUCCCUGUGAGUGGGGUAGAGUUGGACAGCCAGCUCCUGGGCAAGAUGGCCUUUGAGGAGCAGAACAGCAGCUCUCUGCACUGAGCCACAAACACCUGCCUGCCUGCCCUCCUGCUCACCCGCCCACCCACGCCCACAGGGACCAGUGCUGCAGCCACCCACAGGGCCCUGUCCUUACUGCCAGAGGCAGGCCCAGGUUUGUUGCAGGUGGACCUGUGCACUCCUUGCAUGUCGGAGCAGGAUGACGGGGUCAGGAGGAAACCAGCACAAGGCUGGACAAGGGAGCAGGCACUCCAUAGAAAUGGACUCCGCAGCCCACUGCUGCAGGGCAUGCUGUAGGACUGUGGGGCCCCAAGGUGGCCCAUGGAGUUGUAAGGGCAAAUAAAUUAAUUUUAUCUUUA